AAUAUAUUUUUUUUAAAUUUAUUUUUUUAUUUUUUUUCCUUUCAUCCUAUUUCUGAUUUGUAUAUAAAUAUACAGAUAAUAUAUUUAUUAUUUAUAUUUUCGAUUUAAUAAUUUGAUUACAGAUUAAUGAGAUACGUAUUUGAGGUAUGUAUUGUAUAUAUACAUAUUUAAAUUUGAUUUUUGCAUAUGUAGUGACACUAGUGUUUACAUUUUCAAUUUUAUCGUGUUCAUAUAUAACAUUGCCGACGCUAUAUUUUCUUGAAAAGCUAUUUUCUUGUGAAUUAAAAAUGCCAAAAGUACGUAGAAGUAAAAAACCUCCGCCAGAUGGUUGGGAAUUAAUUGAACCAACAUUAGAAGAAUUAGAACAGAAAAUGCGAGAAGCUGAAACGGAACCUCAUGAAGGCAAACGCAAACAAGAAUCUUUAUGGCCUAUAUUUAAAAUACAUCAUCAAAAAUCACGAUAUAUAUAUGAUUUGUAUUACAGACGGAAAGCUAUAAGUCGUGAAUUGUAUGAUUAUUGUCUGAAUGAAAAUAUAGCAGAUAAGAAUUUGAUAGCGAAGUGGAAAAAGGUGGGAUAUGAAAACUUAUGUUGUUUACGUUGUAUACAAACCAGAGACACUAAUUUUGGCACAAAUUGUAUUUGUCGAGUACCUAAAGGCAAACUUGAAGAAGGCAGAAUAGUGGAAUGUAUUCAUUGUGGAUGUAGAGGAUGUUCUGGAUAACAUUUGGCAAUAAUAAAUAAAAUAAGAUGCGUAUUUACAUUUUUGUCAAUUGACAUUGUAUGUUAUUAAACAUUUUAUUGCAUAAUACUAAUGACCUAUGAAAGUAUUAACAUGAAAAUUAUAAACAUAUGUAUAUCUUUAUUAUCAUUUUUAUCAUAUAACUCUAAGUAUUCAUAUAAAUUUUAGAACUAUAUUGCUAUCUUUAUAUAAUUGCAGGUUUUUCGUAUUUGAAUUAUCAUACAACUAAUUGAAGUAUACAGAUGAAUACAAAAUUCUUAAUCUCGAACAAAAAAAUAUAUAUCACUUUUUUAAUAUGAAAUACUUAUUGUACGUAUAGAAACUAAAAUGAAAUAAAUAAUUUUUUGUUCAAUUUCAAAAA